AGCAACAGCAAUUUCAAGAACACCUCUUUCCACUAUUUCUCCUUCUCUCUUGGUGUGCGACUCUUUUGUAUCCCCUUUUCUCCUUUUGGAUCAGUCUGAAAAGCUUCUUCAUCUUUUACAAACCUUUUCAAGUUGCAUGAACGUUUGAUUUGAGGUGGGCUUUCACAGUUUUUUAUAUGAACAAUAUGGAAGGGUGCUGUGAUCUUGAAGUGGAUGUAAAUGGCGAAGAAACUUUCAUGGUGCACAAGAAAAUUCUUGUAUCCUUCUCAGGUUUAUUUAGCAAAUUAAUUGGUAAUUCGAGAAGCACAAGGAAACUGAAAGUGAUAUUCAAAGACUUUCCAGGAGGCGCAGAGGGUUUCGAGCUCGUGGCAAGGUUUUGCUACAAUAAUGGCCGAACAGCAAUAAUCCACUCAAACAUUCUUCUACUAAACUGUGCUGCUAAUUUCUUGGGGAUGGAAAGUAAUGCUUCGAGUCAACCCAAUUUAAUAGAACAAACAGAGAAAUCUCUUGAAGGGAGCAUCUUUUGGACUUGGUCUGAGCUCCUAGAAGCAUUGAAACAGUGCCAAGAUUUACUUCCCGCCACAAAAUCUUCAGUCAUGCUUCAGAAUAUCUUGGAUUGUCUUAUAGGACGGCUUGCUUUGCCUAGUGUUGUUGCAAGCCCAUUUGCAUGUUCCUCAGACAAUUCUAGCUGCAAAUUUUCCUGUGAUACAAUAAGCACCGACAGCCAGCUGAAAAACAACUCUUCUCAACUGCCUUGGUGGUUUGAAGAUUUUUUGUUCUUGAACGUUGAUAUGAUUGACAAGGUAAUUAAGACAAUGGUCUCCCAGAAAUUCGACCAAGCUAUAAAUUCCAAGUUCCUCUUCUAUUACCACAAAUCAAGAUGUCUUGGUGCAGCCCCAGCUGAGAAGCACAAAACCACAAAGGUUGUAGUCACUCUGCUUUGUUUGCUUGAUAGGAGUUCUCUUUGUUGCAAGGGCUUGUUUGAAAUUUAUCGAGUGGCUUUGGGCUCGAAAAUAAGCAAAUUUUACAAAAACAAGAUAGAGAGUUUGAUGGGUUCGCAGCUGGAUCAAGCAACAAUUGAUUAUCUGCUUGCUCCAUCUCCACAUGGGAGGGACUAUUCGUAUGAUGUUAAUUUGGUUUUGAGGCUUGUACAAGCAUUUCUCAUUGAAUGCAGCUGUUUGUCAUCGACAACUCGAUUAAAGAAGGUUGCCAAUUUGAUGGAUUUGUACCUUGGGGAAGUGGCCCCGGAUUCCCAUCUGAAACCUUCCAAGUUUAUGGCUUUAUUAUUAGUGUUGCCAGAUUAUGCUAGAGAAUCAGAUGAUCAUAUCUACAAAGCCAUGGACUUGUUUCUAGAGGUUCAUGCAGGGUUGUGUGAAGAAGAAAGGGCAAGUAUCUGUUGUGCACUCAACCAUGAGAAGCUCUCACCAGAAGCUUUGAAAGAUCUAUCUCGGAACUCAAAGUUUCCUUCAGAAACAGUGGAAAGAGCCCUUAUAACAGAACAAUCCAAGAUCAAAAGAUUACUGCACGAAAAUUUAAGUAAGGAAAAGGAUGCUGAGCAAAUCCUUCUUUAUAAUAAAAAGCUCCAUCUUUCAAGUGAUACUGAGAAGCUUAGAGCAGAUUUGCAAGGAAUGCAUUGGAAGGUGAUGGAAUUGGAGAAGGUUCGUGGGACAAUGCAGACACAUAUGAAGAACAUGAUGAGAUCAAGACUACCUAUCCUAAGCAAUGCUAGAUCCUUACCAAAACUCUGUUCAUGA